UUAAUGUUAAAAUCGGUAUCUCGUUGUUAAACGGUAGAAAUUAAAAUACAGGCAAGAAUUCUUAUUCCUUAAAUCGUUGAUUCUCUUUCGAUUUUAAGCGUAACAAUUCCGCUUUUCGAAACAUUUUGCGAGAUUAGAACAGACAUCACCGUCACGUCUUGCGCGUACCUUGUUUUGCAAACUUGAGGAGAAACGUCAGCGUCGUUUAUCAAGACGAAGUUAAAGGGUAAACAAUAUCGAUGCGAAAUCGCGAUUCGACGGACUCGAGAGAGAUCGGCGCGAUCGGUGCCGCGUAUUCAAGGUUACGGUCAAGAUAAACGAGAUCUCGCGAGUGGUCUGAUAAGCGGAUCCCCCGACGAGUGCGUGGCUGGCUUCAGGCCUGCACGGACCCUGGAAGGCGCACAGUCCGUCGGCGAUUUCCGGUUUCAUCGAAAACAUUGCGACUCGUGCUCGAGAAAGGUGACGUAAACUUUGCGCGAUUGAAAACGUCGUCAGAGAGUUGUAGAGCAACAAUAGAAAUUCGAAUCGGUCAAAGGAGGUGACGUGAACACGAGAAGAAAUACAGGAGGAAGUGACAUAAACUUGGCGCGAUACGAAUUUUUCAAUUAAUCGACUCAGUUUACUCAUUGGUGUUGAUUGUAACAUGUGAUCGUUCGCGUUUCGUCGACAAUAGCAAGCACAAAUAAUCUAAGAUCCAGUUAUAAAAAAAUAGAGAACGGCCAGUUUGCUGAAUAAUUUAUAAUGUUGUGCGAUUAGGCGAUGAAUGUUUGACAUGCCGAGUACAUCGAGGUUGAGGAUUAGAAAGACUCGACGUGCAAAAGACCGGAAAUACGCUUAUCGAGCGUGAAUCGUUUCAUUGACAAUAAGCGGCUUGUGCGGUAGCGUUGGUGGAACUAUUUACAAACGACUCAUUCAAGUGCAAUGAGCUCAUAAACAAGUCGCGAGCGCAGAGAGCGUAUCUGGUACAAAAGAUGUUUCAUGAUCUCUUCGUCUAAUAAUCAUGGAAUAAUCGCGGGAAUUUCAUUAAGAGACUGAUCGCAAUUCGCAGGGACUCUUCGAGUCAACGAAUGAUAGUUCGGUGAUUGAGUGAGCGAAGUUAAUCUUGAAAACUAAACAAUAUUUGUGUAUAAUUUGUUCGAGGGCGACUUUCCAUGAUUAUCAAAGUUUUAUGCUAGAGGUAUAAUAAUUUUAGAGAAAUUGUUUGCGCGAGAGUGUCAUGAGAGCUUUCCCAGUAUAUGUGUUAGAAUCAACGAUGGAGAUGAUAAAUAGGAACAAAUCGGUGAGCUUCCGAAGCAUCUUCAAUGAUCACGACGCUAAAUCGUCAACUUCGACGGAACUCGUGUGACAGCGCGUAAAAUAUACUUUUUAACAAGAAUCUUGUUCAACGCUGGACGGUCGUGCUCGAGUUUUCUAUUAAAUAAACGCUGCUUGUGUCAGGGGAACGAUAUCGCUCUUGGAAGUAUCUUAUACAUCAAGUGAGCUCGCUAACUUUACGAGACAUUCGAAAUCAGUACAUCGCGCAAGUUUGAAUCACGCUGGGAGACGCAAACAGCGAAUCUUUGAAAGAAACGUGCGGCUUCUUAUCGUUCCAUCCUCAGCAUGGCAGCCGAAGUCGCUUCCUUCAAUCCGAGGAGAUAAUACGGAAACUUAAUUACAAUAUUUCACUCUUGGCGAGGAAAGAGAAAGUGCCUUGCUGCACGACUGUACUUCGUAAUUCGUGAAAGUUCUUGACGCCAAGAAAUCCCGCAAUAAUAACAAGCCUCUUCUUCAUGUAAUCCACAUUGAUGCAUCCAUCUCUGCCGAACCCAGGGACAAUUCGAGAGAAGAAAAGAACCGCUCGACGCUCGCAUGAGUUCUCUCUUAAACUGGAAACUGAUGAACCACCUAGUUACCUUGGACGAUAAGCGAGCCUCCCGUUGUCGACAGCCGUUGUUUCACAGCCGAUAGAGACCGCGGGCGACGAUCUCGCCAUCCGCGAGAAGACGGGGGCGUAGGUGAACGUAGGGCGACCUCGUCGCCGGGAAUUGCUGCUGACGCGAUUGCACGACCUCGUUCUUAGACUGGAGCUGUACCUGCCGUACGCACCGCUGCCGGGGGGCGGCGGGAUCCUCCCGGCGGUGAGCGGCAGCGGUGCCUCCGGCGGCUGUCGUCCGGUGCUGCUCGGCGGCGUCGACCUGUCGAUGUCGGCGGCGGUGCAGCCGCCGGUCGCCGCGACGCUCCCGACGAGCCUGACCGGCAGCGGCCCGACGAUCGCGGCCCACAAUUCCCUGCACCACACAUCCGGCGGCCUGGCCCUGCCGCUGGGGGCCGCGGGCCCCCCGGUGAUGAUGCCGCGUCCUCCGCCGGCGAUGCCGCCGCUCGGGCCCGCGACGCUGCCGUCGGCCCAUCAGGACGAGGAUCUGGCCGACGCGGCGCCCAACCAGGAUGUCCUGCUGGCGCUCCUCGCGAGGAACAAGAAUCUGGAAGAACGGAGGAUCAAAACACCAAGCCGUUUUAUCAAGGAAGAAUCCACGAUACCAAAAUGCGGUGGAUGCCAGGAAGUUAUUUUGGACAAAUACGUUUUGAGGGUUCUUGAGAGAUGUUGGCACGCAAGAUGCCUUACGUGUCGGGAUUGUGGUGCCAGGUUGACCGACAAAUGUUUCGCGAGAAACGGUCACGUGUUCUGCAAAGAUGACUUCUUCAAGUGUGGCAGGCGUUUCGGGACGAAAUGCGCGGGCUGCGGCCAAGGGUUGGCGCCUUCGCAGGUGGUCCGAAGGGCGCAGGAGUUGGUUUAUCACCUGACGUGUUUCUCAUGCGCUCUUUGCUCUCGGCAACUGGACACCGGCGACGAGUUUUAUCUCAUGGAAGACAGAAAACUCGUCUGUAAACCUGAUUACGAGCAAGCCAAAGCGAAAGAAUUGGCAGAUGGAGGAAGUAUAGACGGUGAUCAACCGAAUAAAAGGCCACGAACAACUAUCACGGCAAAGCAGCUCGAAACUCUCAAGCUGGCGUAUAAUACCAGUCCUAAACCAGCAAGGCACGUGCGAGAACAGCUGUCUCAAGACACAGGCCUCGAUAUGCGCGUCGUUCAAGUCUGGUUUCAAAAUAGGAGGGCAAAAGAAAAGAGGCUAAAAAAAGAUGCCGGUAGAACAAGAUGGUCUCAAUACUUCCGUAGUAUGAAGAGCGGUGCUGGCGGUCAUUCGCCUAGACACGAUAAGCUCCUUGAUAAAGACGAGCUGAAGGUAGACCUCGACUCCACCUUUGGCCAUCACGACUUGAGCAAUGAUAGCUAUGGAACGGUGGUCAACAUGGGCCUAGAUGGCGAGGGCGCAAGUCCAGGCGGCGGUGGAAACGGGGCCGGGGGUGGACCGCCCCGCGGAUAUCUGGGAGCAACGACACCUCCGUAUCUCUCGACGUCUAGAUCGCCGUCCUUACCGCCCCAGUUCCCGUAUCCACCGGACGCUGGGCUUUCGGUAUACACUACUCUCGGGGGACCGGGCGGCAUGGUGCCAGGACCAGCGUCUGAUCUGAGUAACGAGUCGAGCGGCGGUGGCGGCGGUGGAGGCGGUGGCGGAGGAAGCGGCGGUAACAGCGGUACCGGCGGUUAUCCUGAUUUUCCGCCGUCGCCGGAUUCCUGGCUUGGUGAGCCACCGCCCCCGCACGCGCACCAUCAUUCUCAUUCCCAUUACGCCACAUAACCCGCCAAAACCGCGCGUCGCCAAAUACCGUAUAGAAUAACGUGCUGUCGGCGCGGGGCGUACGUCUGAAAUCGACGACGCCGUCGUCAUCUUCGAGGAAAGUCGAAGAGCGCUCAUCUUUUCCGAUAUUUCCUUGAAAAAUGAAAAAUGGAAGGUUUUGCAAAUUUCAAAAAUCUAGGAUAUGAACGUAUUGGAUAAAAGUCUGAGUCUAUUUUAAGUGUCUUUGAUGCAGGAUUUAUACAUGAAAGAUCUAAAAGCGAAAGCGCGGUGAUAAUUUUUGUUCGUCUAAAUAUAAAUGAACUUCUUA